AUGAGCACAGAAACUAAAAAGGGAGUGAUCAGUGGUAGUUUACCAGUGAUCUCGGGACAAUAUACGGACUAUAACUUCAAGUUUACAGAAGUCGAAAUUCCGAAUGCUAGAUUUGUCAACGGUAGAAAAUACCCCGUUGCAAUUAAACUAACUUAUACAAAAAAUAAUGAAGCAUCUGAUGAUGAUUCAAGGUUGUAUGAAGAAUUAGCUCAAUUUGUCUAUGAUCUCUCGAAAGAUUAUGACACUUUUAAGACGUUAGUCAGGAAAUUUGGAGCACUUGCUAUAAAGGGUUUCAAUAGCACUGAUCCUGAGAAUUUUUCGUUAUUUGUUAGGAACUUUGCAAAGGGCUCAAAUCUUUCUGAAUUUAAGCAAAAUGGUAUCGCACACCCUAGAGAAGAUGUGGCUAAAGGAGGUGUGACAACUGUGAACAAGACGACCGGAUUUAGAAGACUUUAUGCUCAUCAAGAAUUAUGUCGUUUCAAGACCUAUCCAUCUAUCCUUACAUUUUUUGCCAAGUAUCCAUCAAAAACAGGAGGUGACGAGACUUUGACAAAUGCCUCGGAACUCUACAACGUGGUGAAGCAAAAAUAUCCUGAGUUCAUUGACGCCAUGGCAAAGAAAGGUAUCUACUUGACUCAAACCUGGCCUUUGGGUCAAAAAUUACCUAAUGGUAAAGUUUACAGUUGGAAAUCAGAACACUCAUUUGGCAGGCUCAUCAAAGAAGGUGACGAUCUAGAAACUCAGAAAAGGAAAGCAGGGGAAAUUUGCAAAAAAUAUGUCUCCGAGGAUUAUGAAUGGACUAAGGAUGGAGGUAUGAAAAUCAAUGAGCAUACAAAACCUAUCCGACUAGAUCCUUAUAACAAGGAGCCUAUUAUAUUUGGAUCAAUUCCUAGUUACUACCAGAAAUACAAGUGGAAUUUGGAAAACAUCGGCCCCAAUAUUCCUCCAGCGGUUACAUAUGAUAACGGAGAGCAAAUACCUCUUAAAUAUUUGAACUUUAUCCUUGAGCAGUCUAUAGAACUAUCUUUUGAUUACAAAUUCGAGGCUGGAGAUAUUGUACUACUUGAUAACUACACUAGUUACCAUGGAAGGACUAAAUAUGGUGAUCAACGCAGAGAGAUCCUGGCUUGCUUUUUGGAUGAUGAUGAACAAGAGAAAAAGGUUCCAAUACCAUUUAUCUCAUCAUAA